UUAAUUUGAGUAUCUUCUAAUUAUAUUUGUGUGUGGGUGUGUGUGUGUAUGUAUAUAAUUAUUAUAAAAAAUAAUUCGCAUCCAUAUAUUUUUUCUAUCAGAUUUAACAAAUCGUUACAAUACAUUCAGAAAUGCCGAGAACGGUGGAAUGUAUGCUUUUACCAUUUUAUUAAAUAAAUAUUUUAACGUUAUAAUCAGUGAAAUAUAUACAGUAGAAGGAGACGUUUUUAAAAUUUCGCGUACGUAUACAUAAUUAUAUACAUAUUCCUCCUAAGAGCAAAAAAUAAUAACUUAAAACUAAUCAGAGGACACGAUACUAUCUUUAUGGAGGAUUCAUCAAGGUGAAUUAAUAUUAAACAUUAUGCCAAAGGUGAUAAACUGUGCUUUUAAUGUAAAAAAUGCAGUAAUGGCCAUAGAAGAAAAUGCAGAAUUUAAGUUGAAAAUGAACAUAGUUAUUUCGGCUGGAAACGUAAUAUUUAGUAUCCUCGGAAACGAACUAUCACGACAUUACGUUAUCGCGGGUCAACCGCUUUUAGAUUUUAAAAAAGCACAGGAUAUUUCUCUACCUGGUGAUUUAAUUUUGUCUACAAAGGCCUGGGAAUAUUGUACACCUUCCAAAUACGAAUAUGUGAUCAAGGAUGCGCAUAAUAUAAAAGUUUGCUAAAAGAUUUUUGAACUAAUAUACUGUCUAUUCAAGACAAUCAUUUGUUCCAA